AUGGCCUCUCACACUUUGGGGUUAUUUGACAUUGAGGCCUCAAAAGCCACAGCCAACCCUCCACCGAACCGGAACAAGUCCACGGCAACCAAGGCACCCACCGAUUACGAACUCGAUGCCAUAUCUUUUAGCAACCCUCCCCAUGGACCUAGCACAACCGCCAGUACUAACCAAGCAGCACUUACUGGAGCACAAACACCGAAAUCUCCCAGUGAUGUGGAAAGAACGACACCUUCCUCUCCGAUAGGGGAAAACGCAGCGACAGAUCUGGUCCAAACCCUUUGGAACCCUCCCAUGAACAAGUGGCGCGUACUGUGUGCAUGCCUGGUCUAUUUUGGCAACGGCAUCAACGAUGCGGUACCUGGAGCAUUGAUCCCAUAUAUGGAAACAGAUUACUCUAUCGGAUACGCGAUCGUAUCCCUAAUCUUUGUAACCAACGCCGUCGGCUUCAUCGGCGCCGCCUUCUGCACCGACGCGAUCUGUGGGCGCCUCGGACGGGCCAAAACGCACAUGCUCUCCGAAGCGUUCAUGAUCAUAGGCUACAUCAUGCUAGUGUGCACGCCGCCCUUCCCCGUUGUGGUGCUCUCCUUCCUUUUCCUGGGAUACGGCUAUGCGAUCAACCUCGCGCUCAACAAUGUCUUCUGCGCGAACCUGGCCGGCUCGACCGUGAUCCUCGGUCUCGCGCACGGGAGCUACGGCAUCGGCGGCACGGUUGGGCCCAUAAUCGCCACGGCUAUGGCCUCCCACGGCGUCACAUGGUCGCGUUUCUAUUUCAUUACGCUUGGAAUCCGCGCUGCUUGCAUGGCGUUCAGUGGCUGGGCGUUCUGGAACCACGAAAAGGAGGCUCCGGUGCAAUUACUUGCGGCGCUGGAUCGCUCGACAAGCCAGCAGCAGGAAGCUACGGAGCCCACGGCACCGUCGAAGCGCGCACUGCUUAAGGAAGCACUGCGAAAUAGAGUCACGAUCAUCGGCGCUCUCUUCAUCUUCGCGUACCAGGGCGCCGAGGUGUCCAUCUCCGGCUGGUUUAUCUCCUUCCUGAUCAACUACCGCGGCGGCGACCCUGCAGCCGUGGGUUACGUGACGGCCGGGUUCUUCGGCGGCAUCACCCUCGGCCGCUUCUUCCUAUCGCACCUCGCGCACCGCAUCGGCGAGCGCGCCUCCGUCUACAUCCUCAUUGCAGGCGCAGUAGCAUUCCAGAUCCUCUCGUGGCAAAUCCCGAACGUGAUCGGUGAUGCCGUGGCCGUCAGCGUGUUGGGCCUGCUCUUAGGCCCGGUGUACCCCUGCGCGCAGACGAUUUUCUCGCGCCUGCUGCCGCAGCGGCUGCAGAUGAGUGCGGUGGGGUUUAUCGGGAGCGCGGGGAGCAGCGGUGGUGCCGUCGCGCCGUUCACGACGGGGCUGCUGGCGCAGGCUGUCGGCACUUGGGUGCUGCAUCCGGUUUGUGUCGGGCUGUUUGCUGUGAUGGCCGCGUGUUGGUGGGGGUUGCCUGCUGUGCGUAAGCGGGCCGAGUAGGGAUUGGGUUGGGUUGUGUGGUUGUGGUUGUGGUUAUGUGUGCUUUGUGUACGCUAUGCGGCGUGCCCAGGGAUUGGGUUGGAGGAGUUGGGACAAGCGCGCACUGGAGUCGUGGCUUGCGUCCUUGUGCUUCUAUGCUUUACCUCUGUUUCUGUAUACGAAUAUAUCAUAACUGUCUAAACGAAAACG